AUGGCGUCUUUGAACGGAAACCUCUCACAGCGAGGCGAGGUAUUCGCGACGCCGACGAGCAAAAUGCCAAUGUUGGAUGUAGUAAACGAUCUAUGGCAUGCAGAAACGAACCCUGACGGAUAUAUCAGUCUCGGCGUUGCUGAGAAUACACUCAUGCACAAGGAACUGAUUGAACAUAUCACUAAGAAUUUCAGCCUUGAUAGCCAUGCUUUGACAGCUGGCGACGGUUUCACUGGCUCUCAUCGCCUACGAAAUACCCUUGCAAGAUUCAUCAACCGCAACUUUAGCCCAUUUGAAGACAUCAUCAAAGAUCAAGUCAUUGUCACCUCGGGUGUAGGCCAGGCAAUCGAGCUCAGUGGCUUCGCGCUCUGCGACAAAGGUAAUGGCGUUUUGCUCGCGCGACCUCACUAUGGAAACUUUCCCAUUGAUCUCGGCUACAGAGUUGAAGCCAAGAUUAUCGGUGUCUCGUUUGGAGAUGUAGAUCCCUUCAGUAUUGAGACCAUCGUUUAUUACGAGAAAGCUUUGGAGGAAGCUGAGCAGCAAGGGAUUCGUGUCAGAGUGUUCCUGUUAUGCAACCCUCAUAACCCAUUAGGUCGAUGUUAUACUCCCGAGGUUCUGAAGGCGUACAUGCAAUUCUGUCAGAAACAUAACCUGCACCUCAUCAGUGACGAGGUAUAUGCUCUUUCAGUCUGGAAGAACCCAGGCGCGCCUGAUGCUCCAGACUUCACCUCAAUCCUAGCUAUCAAUCAUCAUGGUUUGAUCGAUAGAGAGCUAAUCCACGUACUUUGGGGAAUGGGCAAGGACUUUGGUUCCUGUGGUAUCAGAAUUGGGUGUCUCAUCAGUCGUAACAAGGCCUUUCUACGAGCUUGCGAAGCCAAUUCUUACUUCUCUAGCCCUUCGUCUCUAGCCGACCUUGCUACCGCUCGUAUACUCGCCGAUGAUGCGUUCAUUGAGAGCUACAUCAAAACCAAUCGAUUACGGCUAGCAGAGAACUACGAACUGACAACUAAGUUUCUUAGCAGUCAUCAGAUUCCUCACAAAGAAGGAUCCAAUGCUGGCUUGUUCGUAUGGGCUGAUCUAUUCCAGCCCUUGCGCGCACAAGUCGAUGCCACUUUGCAGAACCAGAAGGAACAUGAGGAAGGUUCUGAGGAAGCACUGAGGACUCUUGAGACGAGUCUGCAAGAGAAUUUCUUAAAGCACAAGAUAUUUUUGGCGCUUGGGGCUGAUUUUGGAAGUGAUGUCUGGAGCGCAUGA